GUGUGUGUGUGUGUGUGUGUGUGUGUGUGAGUGCAGGAGAGUGAGGAGCAGGGUCAGAUUCAGAUUGCCCAUGUUGAGGAGAACGUUCUAAAGAGAACUGGCGGAACCCUGAUGACGGUGGAGUCGUCCAGCCCACAGCAGAGACCGGCCUCAGGCAGAGAACCGGCCAGCCAGCCCCCGCCGGACCAGAGCACUCAGAACGCAUGGAACACCUCAACGUCAGAGGAAGAGGAGGAGGAGGAGGAGGAUGAAGAAAGUGGUGAGAAUGGGGAGAGAGAGGAGGAGGAGGAGGAAGACAAACUCUCUCCUUUCUACUCAUGUGACUCGGAUAGCAGCAGUGAGGAAAAGGAGGGAACGUCUGCCCUUAGAACCGACCCUGGAGAUACAGAAGAGAGUUCUGCUGCAGCCUCAGAACCAAAGGCUGUAGUGGGCGUGUCUCAGGUGGGGACGGCGGACUCCGUGUCCAAGCCCGUGGCGACGGUCCGAACGCAGUCGCUGCCCAGAGAGCUGGGCCUCACGUCCAGCGGUCAGAGUGACCCUCCAGCGGGGCUGAAGACGCACACACACCUCGCACACACACACCUCGCACACACACAGUGCGGGAGCAGUCUAGCAGAGGAAAGUCAGGACUCAGGGGUUACCUUGGAGACGACCUCUGUGACCCUGGGGUCGUGGGGUCAGGAGGGGUCAUCUGAGCUGGCGGGCGGCACGUGUCCCCUGGUGCCCUCUAAGGCCUGCCCACUGCCAGGGUCCAGGGGCCUGGAGACGGAGGCUCUGCCCAGAGAAGAGGCACCUUCAUCGGGUAGCCCACCACCGGAGCCCCCCCCUCCAGACCCUGGGGCCACGAGAGGUCCCUCACACCCACACACACCCACACACACACACACCCAGAGAGAGGCCUCUCACACACACACCUCGAGUGCUGACACACACCGAGGCCCCCAGGAGUGUGCUAAGAGACCCCCCACAGACCAAGCUGUGGCCGCAGGUGAAGCCUGGGGCUCAGGUAGUGGCGUGCCCAAGGCUGGAGUGCUCCAUGCCUGCCGUGAGCGUGUGGAGCGGCUGGAGGGGUGUCUGCAGCAGGUGCAGCGCAGCCUGACACCAUCCACCACCACCACCACCACCAGCAGCAGCAGCAGCAUGCAGGACAGUGUGGAGAAACAGCUCCUCUCCUGCCAGGAGAUGUUCCAGGAGAUUGAGCUGAAGGUGUGUGGUCUGUCGUCCCUGGACGUCCAAGAUGCUGUGGGGGAAACACAGCAGGAGGCUGAAGCUCUGUCCUCUAAACUAGAGCUACUCAAGAACAGCCUCGUCACCUUCCAGAAUAUUCUACAGGCAUCUCCUCAGAGAGAGCUCCCCCUAGAGGCGCGGAGGAGACGCAGCUCUAGUCUGCAGGAGAUGUUCUCCUCAUCUAAGAGUCAACUCAUCAGACAGAGCAGUCUACAGCAACAGAGGGAGCUGGGUCUGGGUCUGAGUGAGCAGAGGGAUCUGACCAAAGCUCUGGCCAGACAGGGCAGCAGGACCAGACUACAAAGCCUACUGACCUCAGAGGAGCAAGCACACAGUCCAGCCGGACCUUCUGCUGACGCUGCUGGACAGGAGGAGGAAGUGGCAUCACACAGGAAGUGGACGCACCUCCUCAGCAGACUGACCGACGCCCAGAGAGGGCCCACGGCUGAUCUGACCUCUGAUCCUGAGCACAGCGAGGUGUGUAUCCCUGCGGUGAGUGUGUGGAGCAGUUUAGCAGGUGACCAGAGUCUGCAAGACAUCACGGAACACCUCACACACCUCACACACCUCCGAGAGGUCACCCUCACUGCUGCUCAGGCCAGUCCUGACGAGCUGUCUCAGCGGAGGGUGGAUGAGGGGCUGUUUGAGCUGCUGUGUUCCCUGGAGCUCUCGCUGUCCUCCCUCUCAGCCCUGCUGCACACACACACACAGCCCUGCAGCCAGGAGCACACACACACACAGCAGCAGCUGCAGCAAGUACAGAGUAUAUCAGCUGUGCUGUCCUCAGUGGACUCUGAGCUGGCCUCUCUGGGUCCAGCUGUGUGUGGAGUUCUGUCCGGUUCCUGCUCCGGUUCCACUCCAGAGGCUGCCGGUUCCUGCUCCGGUUCCGCUGGUCCGUCAGAGUGCCUGGUGCUGGUCCAGCAGCACAUAGCUGAGGUCCAAACGAUGAUGACUACCUCACAGACGCAGCUGCAGGAGAGACUGGACACACACACUCAGCUACAGAGGCGUAUGAGUGAACUGCAUGCUUCCAUCCACACUAACCUCUCAGCUCCACAAUUCCCUCCCAACCUGCAAGACCUUCAGCACCAUCUACAGGUGGUUGCUGAGUUACAGCAGCAGUAUCAGGAGCAGGAGAGGCUCUUAACCAAUCUACAGAAGGAGGCAGAGUCACAGCAGCUGCCCUCCAGCCUAUCCCAGCAGGCCGUGCAGCUCGAGGCGGUGCUGGAGAGUGUGUGCUCGUCUCUGCAGCGGAGCAGCACUGGUGUGUGUGACACGCUGGAGAAGCAGCGGCUCCUCAGACGACUCGUCCAGGGCCUGCGGAACCUUCUGCUGCUGGCCAGAGACCGCAACACACACACUUAUCACCUGGACACACACACGCCAGCCCAGCUGCAGCAUCACAUCAGCACACAGGAGAAGCUCUUCCUGUCUGUGGAGGCGCACCUGCGGACGCUGCAGCACCUCUCUGAGCGCAUGAGCAGCAGCAGCAGCGCCCCCUGUGGAUGGGAGGGUGAAGUGCAGACGCUGGAGCAGGAGGUGCGUGAGGCCCACCAGGGGGCGCUAGAGAGACGCAUCCACCUGCACAGGAUCCUACAGAUUUGGACUCAGUGGGAACUGAGCCGCUCCUGGUUGGAGAACCGUCUGACGCAGCUGGAAAAGCAGCUUCCCAUAAUGCAUCUGGAUGAGGAAGAAGAGACAGAAGAGGAGCUACAAGAAAAUACAUCUGUCUAUGAGAAACUGCGUGCGGAGCUUCGGCAAUGCCACGCCCACAGUCACAUGAUCACUGAGCACGCGCAGAGACUGCAUCAGGAAGGCGGGGCCUCGGACACUGUGGGUGGAGCCACACAACAGCUUGAGCUGCGAUUGGCUGCAUUACAGCAGAAAGUGGACCAUGGGCUAAAUGUGGCGAUCACCACCAGGAGCAUCUUGAGCAGGUUCGAGGGAGAGUCUGCAGCGCUGGCUAGAUGGAUGGGCGGGGCUAAAGAGCGCAUUGAUGCCUGUCGAAGUCACAUGACCUUGGACGAGCAGGACCCUGGACACGCCCUCCUCCUUCUACAACAGUAUCAGGAGUUCUCCCGUGAGCUGGAGCUUCACUCUGCCCUCAAAGCCUCAAUACUCAGCACGGGCACCCAGCUGAUCACACUCCGGGAGCGACAGUACACACACACCACUGACCACACACACACCGACACAGCCACAGACACACACACCACGCCAGAGGAAGCCACCUCCGAGGACACACACACAUCGUGUGACGGUGACACGUCUGCUGACGAGGACGGAGCCUGUCUCACACACACUCCGCACACACACUCUCACACAUACUCCGGUGUGUCCGGCCUGCAGGACCAGCUGAAUCAGCUGGAGCAGAGCUGGACCGACCUGCUGGCGGAGCUCCCUGCAGUCCAGGAGAACGUUCAGCAGGUGCUGCUGGAGGAUGUCCAUCCCCAGGGGCUGCUGGUAGAGUUGUGUGCCCAGCUGGGGGAGGCCGAGUCCAGGCUGAACCAGCAGACCAGCAGCCUCCUCUGCACCCCCAGGAGCUCCUCACACCUCAAGCCCCUGCUCCACAGCUACAAGGAUCUCCAGGCAGACGUCUCUGCCCAGCAGUUCUCAGUGGACCUACUGAACCAGGCUGUUCUCCAGAUGGACGGCUCGGACACACACUUCCGAUACACACACACUCAGUUUGCCGAGGAGCUGGGAGACCUCAACCACCGCUGGACCCUCCUGCAGACCACACUCAAUUCACAGGUGCACCAGGUGGAGCAGCUGGUCAGUGAGUGUGCUGACCGGGAGGCCAAACUGCACUUCCUGCUGCGCUGGGUCAAAGGUCAACAAGACUGGCUACGAUUGGCCGAGAGGCCCAGCUGUCGAUCCGCUGCCGAGAAAAACGUGAAGGAGUGUGAGAUCCUGCAGGAGCGGGCGAGACAGAGGUGUGCUGAUCUGCAGAGUGUGUGUGAGGACCAGGCAGAGAGCCACACCGCCCAGAUGGACAGCCUCACACAGCGCUGUGCCGCUCUCAUUCAGCAGUGUGUGUGUGUGCAGAGUUCUCUGCAGCAGGUGUUGGUCCAGUGGGCAGUCUAUGAUGCGUCCCUGGAGAUGGUGACGCGACACACACUCGAGACCGCACACACACUUCAGCUCUGCUCCAGCCCACCCCUCUCACUGCCCUCACUCCAGGCCAACACUGAUAGGCUACAGCUCUCACAAAAGGCAAGUGAGGAGAUGGGCCAAAAGUGGGAGGAGCUUGAGCAGGCUCUCUCCGCCCUUGUGGGCCUCAUCGAUGCAGACUCCGCCCACGCCCUGACAGAACAGCUGAAGAUGGAGAGAACACAGUGGUGUGAAGUGAAGCGGAGGCUGUCAGCUGAUGUCCAUCAGAGUGUGUGUGUGAUGGAAACGUGGCAUCGUUAUGAGUGUGUGUCAGAGCCGUGCGCUCAGCGCCUGCAGUUGUACAGAGAAAAGCUGAGCGCUCUCACACACCACCAACACACUCCACCAGACCUUACUGACCACAUACACACCACUCAGACCCUGCAGGAGAACUUAGACCGCCUCCAGGAUGAUCUACAGGAGGAGAUCGAGGCUACCAAGGCUCUGAUUGGACAGCUGGACCCAUCAUCUGCCGUCUUCAUCCAAUCACAGAGCCGCUUACUGUCACGUGGAGUGCUGCAGCUGGCACAAGCCCUAUCAGUGAAGAGAGGAGAGUUGCAGGAGGACUUGAGGCAGCUGCAGGAGUUUGACUGUUUGUUUUCAACUCUAGAGAAACAUCUGGAAGACUGGCACAGUACAGAGAGCAUCUCAGAGUCACAGCUUACUGAUGUAGCAGAGUCUGGGCUGCUGGACCUUAGUGCCCUCUCUCCAGACUUGGAUUGGCUGAAUGACCUCAGCUACACCCGCCCUCUGAGUGAGUCCACCAAUCAGAGGCUGCAGAAUCUGAACAGGAAGUGGGCAGAAGCCUCUGCUCGCGCCCUGGAGAGAUGCAGUGAGCUGCAGGCUGAGUGUCUGCAGCAGCAGGGUUUUGAGCAGCGUUGUGAGAGCUGGAUGAGUUUCCUGCAGCGCAUGGAGGACAACCUGGCCGUGGAGCUGCCCCACAACUACACACUCCUCAGAGAACAGCUACACACACACCAGCGGUUCCAGGCCGAGUUGUCUCUUGGUCAUCAGAUUCUGCACUCUGUGAUUCAUGAAGCACUACGCCUGUUAGAGAGGGGAGAGGUGGAGGACAGAACGGACUUCCUGCUGAAGCUUGCGCAGCUGCGUGAGCACUGGCAGGGGGCGGUGCAGCGGUCAGCCCAGCGGCGCGCCCUGGUGGACGGUCUGGUGCAGCACUGGCACCUGUACAGACACGGCCUCCGCAAGCUACGCAAGCUCCUCCCCAUCAGCCACAUGCUCCUCCCCCCCACAGGCCCCUCCCACUGUAGUGUGGCACAGCUCCGCCUUGCUCUGCAGAACCUGAAGAGGACGGAGCAGUUGUUCCAGCGUUGCCAGUCGGCGUACCUGCAGACGGUGGAGGUGGGCCGUCAGCUGUUCAGCGUGUCAGACGUGCAGACGCAGGUGCAGCUGCAGAUGGAGCUUGCAGCGCUGCAGGAGCAGUGGGACCAGGCGCACAGCAUGCUGGGAAAGAGGAGGACCCUCACCAGUGACAUCAUGAAGAGCUGGGAGAGCUGCGAGAUCCAGCUAGCCGAUAGUGCACAGGAGUUGGAGGAUAUGAAGGUCAGGCUGAAGCAGCCGAUCCCAGAACACUUGGAUGAGAUGCAGGAGGCAGAGCAGUUUGUGAAGGAGGUGGAGGACUCUCUGGGCCAGUGGGCCUUGCGUCUGGGCAAGCUGAGCAGCAUGAAGACUGACCUGUCCCAGUACAUCAUCACCGACGACGUGCUGCUGCUGCAGGAGCAGGUGGACCAUCUGCACAGACAAUGGGAGGAACUAUGCCUCAAAGUGUCUCUGCGUAAGCAGGAGAUUGCUGACCGGCUGAAUGCGUGGAUCAUCUUUAACGAGAAGAACAGGGAGCUGUGUGAGUGGCUCACGCAGAUGGAGAACAAGGUAGCACACAGCACCGAGAUCAGCAUCGAGGACAUGGUGGAGAAACUGAAGAAGGAUUGCAUGGAGGAGAUCAACCUUUUCAGUGAGAACAAGACUCAUCUGAAGCAGCUGGGAGAGCAGCUGAUCAGCGCCAGCAACAAGACCAAGGAGACCGAGAUCAACGACAAGCUCAAGGACAUCAACGACCGCUGGCAGCACCUCUUUGACCACAUCGAGUCCAGGGUGAGGAAGCUGAAGGAGACUCUGGUGACGGUCCAGCAGCUGGAUAAGAACAUGAGUAACCUGCGGACGUGGCUGUCCCGCAUAGAGGCCGAGCUGGCCAAGCCUGUGGUCUACAGCGUGUGUCACAACGAUGAGAUUCAACGCAAGCUCGCCGAGCAGCAGGACCUGCAGCGGGACAUUGAGCAGCACACUGAGGGUGUGGCGUCUGUGCUGACGCUGUGUGACGUCCUGCUGCAUGAUGCGGACGCGUGCGGGACUGACCUGGAGAACGACUCCAUCAAACAGACCACGCACAGCCUGGACCGUCGCUGGAGGAACAUCUGCGCCAUGUCCAUGGAGCGCAGGAUGAGGAUCGAGGAGACGUGGCGUCUGUGGUGUAAGUUCCUGGACGACUACUCUCGCUUCGAGGACUGGCUGAGGGUGGCCGAGAGGACUGCCGCUAACCCCGCCACCACCGACACACUCUACACCAGCGCCAAGGAGGAGCUCAAGAAGUUUGAGGCGUUCCAGAGGCAGGUUCAUGAGCGGCUGACCCAGUUGGAGCUGGUGAAUAAGCAGUACCGGCGGCUGGCCCGGGAGAACCGCACGGACGCCGCUAGCAAGCUCAAGAUCAUGGUCCACGAAGGCAAUCAGCGCUGGGACAGUCUACAGCGCCGCGUCACCGCCAUCCUGCGCAGACUCAAAUACUUCACAUCUCAGAGGGAGGAGUUUGAGGGGACGCGUGAGAGCAUCCUGGUGUGGCUCACAGAGAUGGACCUGCAGCUGACCAACGUGGAGCACUUCUCCGAGAGCGACAUCCACGACAAGAUGCGCCAACUCAACGCGUUCCAGCAGGAGAUCACUCUGAACACCAAUAAGAUCGACGCGCUGAUCGUGUUCGGCGAGACGCUGAUCCAGCGUAGCGCUCCACUAGACGCCGUGCUGAUCGAGGACGAGCUCGAGGAGCUGCACUCCUACUGCCAGGAGGUGUUCGGACGCGUCGCCCGCUUCCACCAGCGCCUGACCACCAGACGACCGGUGCUGGAGGAGGAGGCGGAGCUGUCUGACCUGGAGGAGUCGGGGGAGCUGGGGGGGCCGUGGGGGGACGAGAAGGACGAGAGCCGGCCGGGGGAGGGGCCAGCCACGGCGGCCGCGCGGCAGGUGUGUCACCUGUUGGCUCCGCCCCUGGAGCAGUCGGGCCGAGAGACGCCGGUCAGCGUGGACUCCAUUCCGCUGGAGUGGGACCACGCGGUGGACGUGGGGGGGUCGUCAUCGCACGAGGAGGAGGAGGAGGACGCCACUUACUACAGCGCCCUCUCAGAGGUGGAGGUGACGGAGAGCUCAGAGGCGUUCCAGAGGGCCACAGCCAGAGCUCUGGGCUCUAGGCCUGUAGGUAAAGCUGAGGUUACGUGGCAUCUUUCUCCAGACCCUCACCACAGGAAGAGAGAGACACACACACACACCAUCCACAGUCUGGGCUCUUCUACACACACCAGCACGUCCUUCCAUACGCCCGGCUAUGUACGGCUCAUGUCAGAGUGCAGUGGUACUAUAGACCGGGUGAAGAGGGUGGAGUUGCUCUUAAGCGAUGAUGAGCUGUUGGAGCCUGGCCUUAAAGCAGUCAACUCACCAGAGAAACAGCCAGGCGUGAUCGAGCGCUGGGAGCUGCAGCAGGCGUGUGGAGCUCCGGGCCUGCAGGAGGGGGGGAUGCGGUGGCGCAUGCUCCAGGAUCAGCUCUCCUCUCUGGGCCUCUGGCUCAGCGCCGUGCUGCCUGAGCUCCAGCACACACACACACUGCAGCCGCAAACCAGCCUCGCCAGCAUGGAGCAGCACAUACGCAAGCUCAAGGAGAUGCAGAAAACCUUCACCAGCUACAAGGCCCAGAUGAUCUCCAUCAAUCUGAUUGGCCGGGAGCUGCUGGGGGGGCAGGACCUGCAGAGCACAGCCAGUGACGAGCUGAAGGAGCUGCAUGAGAAUCUGAGAUCCACCAAUCAGAAGUGGACACAGGCCUGCGCCGCCCUCGACCGCUGGGAGAGCCGGCUGCACAAAGCUCUGAUGCAGUGCCAGGAGUUCCAUGAGAGCCUGCACUCCAUGCUGCUCUGGCUGGCCCAGGUGGAGAAACGACGCUUCAACAUUAACAUCCAUGACCACAAACUCCACAGGGGGGCGCUAGAGGCCCACCAACACACACUCAAGAGUGUGGAGGUGGAGCUUCAGCAGCGUCAGCAGGAGGUGCGCCCCCUGGUGGCUGUGUGUGGGGAGCUGCUGCUGGAGGCCCAGGGGGAGGAGGUGCUGGAGGCGCGCGAGAAGGUGCACGUGGUCAACAACAGGCUCCGCCUCCUGCUGCGCCACGUCCAGCGCGACCUCAGCGUCCUGCAGGCGCGCCUGGACGCGUGUACGCUGGGCAGUAGUGUGGACCCCACUGAGGAUGACCAGACAUGCGGGGCCUCCCCCAAGCACAAGGUGGUGGAAGAACAAAGUGCAAUAGAGAGAGGACCUGCUGCAAGCACCAGUUGUGAGAAGGCGUCCGGCUCUGUGGCGUCCGGCUCGGCGUCUCGUCCGUUCCUGCAGCGUGUGUUGCGGGCGGCACUGCCUCUCCACCUGCUGUUCCUGCUGCUGCUGGUGCUCACCUGCCUGGUGCCGCUGAGCCAGGACGACUACAGCUGCGCACUCACCAACAACUUCGCCCGCUCCUUCUACCCCAUGCUCCGCUACACCAACGGGCCCCCACCCACCUGAGCAGCGCACACACACACACACACACAACACACACACACACACACACACACUCACACACUCACACAUCCCCUGCUGUGCUGCUGUAGAGACCCUGUAGCGUCCCCUCCUCUCCUGGGGUUUAUCUCUGGAGUUCUGGGCGCCUGGCCUUCUGGACGUUUGUUUUUAGGGAGACUUGUUCUCUCAGCUGUUUAUGCUCUGAGAGGUCAAAGGUCGCUCCCUCUGGAGUUAUGGAGGAGCUGGACCCUCAGAGGUCAAAGGUCGCUCCCUCUGGAGUUAUGGAGGAGCUGCUUGUUAAUGUGUAAAAAAUAAUUAUGAUCUCUUUGGAGAACACCCCUUACACUGGUCAGAAAAAAUACAAAUAAGUAAUUUAUUUUGUACAUUUAAAGUCUUGAAUAUAUUUUAGAUUAAUUUAAUUUCCUUGUCUGAUUGUCCAAAGGACCCUGGGCUGGGACCGAUACCUGGCGUGGUUUUGUACAUAUUAACUAAACGGAACUGACGUUUCUACCACUGUUAAUCUGUUAAUCUAGACGUGUGAUUUUUUUGUUUCUUUUUUUAAAAAAAACCUCUGUAGUUACUUUGCCUACCAUAUGCCUUUGUGUAAUUCAGUGCAAAUCACUUUCCCACACACACACACACACACACACAGAGAGGUGAUUUGUACUGAUCAGAUAGUCUUUUGUUAUGGAGUGUAAUUUAUUAAGGCAAUGGUGUGUCUGUUUUAUUUUGUGUUUGUCUUUAAAACUGUACAUUUUGGAGAAAACAAGCUACGUUGAGACGUUAAAUUAUUAAGUUCAGAAUAACCGAAGAGUGUAUAAAGCUUCAUUCCGCUGUGUGUGUGUGUGUGGGCAGCCUCUGUCUCUUGGGAAAUCUUGAGUGUGUGGUUCUCAUAUCUGACUCUCUCACACACACACACACACACACACACGUACAUACACACUCCAGUCUGCACAUUAUGUCCAAUCAUGACCCUGACCCUAAUCCCUGACAUAGUGUUUGGUAAAGAAUGUAUGACCACACAAACACUCUCACUCCCUCUGUCUCUCUCUCUCUCAUGCACACACACACACUCCUGGUUUCCCAUGUCUCUUGAUCUCCGCCUCUUAGCUGGGUCAGCAACCAAUCAGAAUGUUCCUAUGACUACGAGGCAAGCCAGUUACUGCCAACACAGCCCUGCCAGCUCUCUCUUUCACUCACACACACACACACACACAGAGGGAUGACUGUGUACAGCUGAUUGGUUGAUUCUGGACUGCUUUAUUUAUCAGAUGUAUAGCCUGAACUUGAAGUGAGUUUGACUUGACAAAAUAAAGAGAUGUUUGCCAUGGA